GCUACGUCGUUUGCCGAAAUUACAAACCGUAGUUGAGUUUAUUCCCAGUGUUUUUUGGUAAUUAAAAGGUGAUGAUUCCGUUGUAUCUGAUAGAUACUGUCCGCUAGUCAUUAAAAUGUGCAUAGCGAAAGCAAAUUUUUCUUUUAUUUCAAGUGGAUAUCCCUUUGCUCUUAUCCGUAAAAAAUUAUGACAUUUUCACUUCUGUUAAAGCAGCUAAAAAACCAGUUUGUGGUUCUAAAUUUAAAUUUUACGAAUUUAAGAUACUAAAUUCACAGGUGAGGCUGAAAAUUUCACCAAGAAAUGACAUCAGCUAUGACCUCAAUAUGCCAUUUAGCCAUAUAUACCCAAUCUCCCAAUUUUGGGGAAGCCGCUAUAAAAUUUUUUGGGGAAAUGACACAAAAAACCCACAUAUGAAUAAAUUCCGCGUCAAGGUCUGAGAACUACCAUCUUCGAUUUCAUCAGACCGUCCAUGAAUCACAGUCUUAGCCUUCAUUCUUAGGGAUGAAUAAUUAUUUCGCAGUCUAGAUUUCGACAAAAUCAUAUUAGUGCCUAUUUAAAUUUUGACUAAACUAUCGAUAUUGUAAUGUUACCAUUUUAGCUUCGCCUGUUCACAUUUCAAUCGGUUAGCUCUUAAACUUAAAGAAUAGGAUGAGAAUUUUGAUUGUUUCAACUACUAAUACAUUCAAUUCACUUUUAAUGCCAUUAUAUUUACAAGUAUACACUAAUAAAAGGGAUUAUGUCGAAGUCGCUAAAAAUGUUCACUUCACAUAUGUUACAUAAUAUUAAACUUUAGUAAAUGACAAAGCGAUGUCCUCUUCAGUGGGUUAAUGCAGCAAAUGGCACGAUUGGUCCUGCGCUACAAAGUCAUGCUGGUGCCAUUAUAAGGGGAGAUCUCUAUCUGCACGGCGGAAUAACCUCUAAUGAUGCAUCAUGUAAAACGCCGAGCAACUGUUUUACAAGAUACAGCUUUAUCCUACAAUAGGCCAGUGGAUGGAAAUUACAUCUUCAGACUCACCAUUUCUUAGUCAACAUACAUGUCUAGUUUUCAAGGAUAGAUAUCUUGUUUUUAUUGGGGGCUGGAAUGGACAUAUCAGGAUCCCAGGUAUACAUACAUAUGAUACUCAAUCGAAUACUUGGCUACCUCCUGCUUUGAAUGAACCACUGCUUACAGGGUUUCCUCAGGGAGCUGGGUUGUCAGCUCAUUCUGCUCAAAUAAUUCGUUCACUAGAUGAUGAGAGUACGUUUUCAGCCAUUAUUAUCGGCCGAGAAGGUUCUCUACGAAGCCAAAGAAAGGCAGGGAAUAUUUACUUACUAUAUGGUAAUUUGAUUGAUAUGGAUUCAUCUCAACAACGAAUGAAAUAUGUUUACUGCGAAGCCGAUUCCAGUUUAACAGUAUCGUCAAGAAGUUAUCAUACGUCGACACCGAUCACACCAUGUACAUUAGUUACCAUUGGUGGUUGUAAAAGUAAUUCGGUCGACUUAUUAAAAUGGAAAAUAAUCCAUAAUAAAAAGAAAGAACCAUGCAAUUGGCCUGGUCGCCUUGACUUUCCAUUGACAUCAUGUACAGUUGUAACAAGUUUUAUUAAAAAUAUUGAACAAAAACAAAAGUCGGAUCUAACUCAACUUUCACCAUCCUAUCAAAAUGGUUGGCGUGGUCAUUGUAUAAUACCAGGUGUUGGUGGUUUAUUUAUUGGAACAGGAGAAGGUUUCAAUGCAUUAAGACAUGGUCCGCUCAAUUCAGCAUAUCUUUUAAAGUAUGCUGAAAAUGAUAGUAGUGUUAAACCAACAAUUUACGAAAUUGGUACAAUAGAUGAACCAAGAGCAUAUGCAGUCUCUGCAGUAUGUAGUAAUGAUGGUACAGCUUGGUUACAUGGUGGUCUUGGACCUCAAGGUAAAACAAUGAAUACACUAAUGAAAUUGAUAAGAGUUGAUUGACAAACACUUAAAGUAUAAUUAUUUUAUAGGAAGUAGUUUUUAUCAACAUAUCCCCCUACCCUAAUUCUUUAUAGAUUUUUAAAACAAAACUCUUCACGAUCUGAGUUCAUUACCGUUGAACUAUUUUCAGUGAACAUUUUGUGUAAUAAUAACCAUCUGUUCAUGCUGUUAUGUAACAUUCCCACAUAUUUGUUUGUUUUUACUUUACACUACUUAUAAGUAGCUUAAAUCAUUUUGUAAAAUAAGUAUUAAGUUUAUUAUUAUUACUAAGUGGCUUUCAUACUCAAUAUACAUAUUUUUAAACUCUCAUACUUUAAAUAAUUAGUUAAUUGGAUUAAUUUGAAUAUUAAAAUAAAAUUGCGUUUCU